AUGCGGGAUGUUAGACCAACUGUCGAGAAUCACAGUCAGAUCCUCCCUUGUUCAAGCGGACAAUCUCCUUCUCUGCGCCUCUCCUCCAUUGAGCGUACCCUCUCAUGUGCCGCUGCUCCUCUCUUCCAUUGUGCGUGCACUCUCUUUCCCCUCCGCGCCAUUCGCAUUUCGUCCCCAUCAUCUCCUGCUGUGCGUACACUAUCACAUACACCGCUGCUCCUCUCCUCCCUUGUGCCUUCUUUCUCCCUACCCCCCGCUCCUCUUUUUCCGUGCGCCUUCACUCUCAUUCCCUCUCAUUCUCUCAUUCCGUGCGCCUGCACUCUCAUUCCCAUCUCAUUCCCCUCUCAUUCUCUCAUUCCAUGCGCCUUCACUCUCAUUCCCCUCCCAUUCUCUCAUUCCGUGCGCCUGCACUCUCAUUCCCCUCUCAUUCCCCUCUCCUUCUCUCAUUCCGUGAGCCUUCACUCUCAUUCCCCUCUCAUUCUCUCAUUCCGUGCGCCUUCACUCUCAUUCCCCUCUGUUUCUCUUUUUCCGUGCGCCUUCAAUCUCAUUCCCCUCUCAUUCUCUCAUUCCGUGCGCCUGCACUUUCAUUCCCCUCUCAUUCUCUCAUUCCGUGCGCCUGCACUCUCAUUCCCCUCUCAUUCCCCUCUCAUUCUCUCAUUCCGUGCGCCUGCACUCUCAUUCCCCUCUCAUUCUCUCAUUCCGUCCGCCUGCACUCUCAUUCCCCUCUCAUUCCCCUCUCAUUCUCUCAUUCCGUGCGCCUGCACUCUCAUUCCCCUCUCAUUCCCCUCUCAUUCUCUCAUUCCGUGCGCCUGCACUCUCAUUCCCCUCUCAUUACCCUCUCAUUCUCUCAUUCCGUGCGCCUGCACUCUCAUUCCCCUCUCAUUCCCCUCUCAUUCUCUCAUUCCUUGCACCAUCUCUCGCAUUCCCCUCUACUCCUCUUCUCACGUGCGCGUCCUCUCGUUCCCCUCUGAAUCUCUCCAGUGCGCCCUCUCUCUCUUCCCUCUGUUUCUCUUCAAGUCUGCACUCUUUCUCUCGUCCCUUUCUCUCGUGCACUCUUCUCAUGGCCUCAUAUGCUUCGCGCUGCCCUUUGAACAAGAUGAUGAUGCCUCUAGUAAUGCUGCUGUAUCUGGUGCUGAUGAUGAUGGUGGGGAGGGACCUCAAGCAGGUGCUGCACUGGCGGAAGAGGAAGAUCCCCCUCAGUUUAACCUCAAGGAUGCUCUUGCGCAUUGGAUCCUCUCCAACCGACUCUCUAUCAGUCAGGUUAACGCUCUCUUGGAAAUCUUGCGCAAGAGCAUUCUUGAAAUCCAAGAUUGGAAGUCCUAUCGAGACGUGCAGGCGUACGCUGAGUCUAGGGCGACGGAUGGCCACCGAGGUUGGCGACGAAAGACCAUCCGGUCACGUAACAAGGCGUGGCUGGAGUAUUGGUACUGUGAUCCCCUGAUUGCUCUGCAGGACCUGUUGAAGAACCCCAAGUUGGCUGCCAAGAUGGUGUUCCAUGCAGAUCCUCAAUACGUUGGGAACGUGAGGGUGUACAGUACCCCCGAAACAGGCCUAUGGUGGGAGAGGUUGCAAACUUUGGUGCGGGGGGAGGAUCCGGAUGGAGUUGUGGCUGCUUUGAUCCUUGCGAGUGACGAGACGCAUAUAGAUCAUAGAGGGAAGGCGAAGGGUCAUCCUGUGUAUCUCACGUUGGGUAACAUUGAUAAGGACGAUAGGUGGCAACCCUUUGGGCACGUGCUACUAGCACUGCUCCCUGAGUUUCCUGCAGAGUACAACGUAGUGGAUAAGAUGCAAGUCCACAAUUACAUCAUGCGAGAGGUGCUGCAAUCUCUUAAGACGGCAUCCUACACCGGCAUAGCUAUGAAGAAUGCUGCAGGAGAGUCUAUCAACGUGUGGCCCUACUUGUGGGAGUCCGACACCAUUCUCAACCCGUACCUUGCGGUGCUGCCCGAUGUGAUGCACCAAGCAGAUUUGGGCAUUUACGAGCACAUUGUCGACUUCAUUCGCGCGCAUGUGAAGUUACUGGCAGAUAGAAAGAAGCUGGACAGGAUCCUUAGGAUGUUACACAACCUCAAGACCGCAUUCCCGCACACGUCGGAUUGGAACUUCAUUAAGAUGCACCUCAUCAGUCACUACAUAGACUCCAUUCGUAGGUCGGGCCUGCCCGAGCACUAUUCUGCACAACUAUACGAGCACCUACACAUAGAGUACAUUAAAAACCCUUACAGGGCGUCGAAUAAACGGUCAGUCAAUAGCCAGAUCGUCGGCAGCGAAGAGGCACGACUUCGUCUUCAGUAUAUCGCGCCCCAGCUCAUGGCGAAGAAGAAGUAUGACACCGCCAUGGUGAAGGUGCCGGACGCGAAGCGUGAUGGCCCGUUGCAGGCCAUCAUCGGCGAGGAGUUGAAACACUUGCGUGCGGCAUUGGAUAGGGCACCUGGCUGUGACGGCAAUGGGGAAGCUAUCAAGGAAGUACAUGUCCACUGGAAACUCGCCAUGCCAGCUGCGGUUGAUGCGCAGUAUAGUCGCCUGCCGCACCGCAUCCGCGCCCUGCCCAUGCACCAUGGCCGUCAAUGGUUUUCUGAUGUGGCGGUCAAAGGUGAGGGCUCAGACGGGGACGAGGAGUGGUUUGCGAAAACCCUUCUGUUGUUUCAUGCCAAGGUUGCGGGCACGGUUAAAAACUAUGCGUUCCUCAAGUACUACAGGGAACAGGCCAGCGUUGAUGCAGCCACCAAGUGCAAGCUGGGAGAUGACGUUAUUAUAGAAGAGAUUAAGAGGCGGCAGUUAGCUAAAGAGACUGCCUUAAAAACAGCUGUAGUCAACACUCUCCACGGCGCUCCCACAGUUGGUAAGACGGCAGCUGCAGGCCGUCGGGGCGGGUCUAAGAGGAAACGUGCUGCCGCCGGCUCUGGUGCACGUGGUCGAUCCUCUGGUGCGAAUGGCAACAUUCCUGCAGGCUCGCCAUCCGCUGACAACCCUACCACCGGCACUUCGUCAGAAGCAGAAGGCGCGAACCCUGCACCGGUGGCAGAAGCAACGGACUCCACGCAAAACGGCGCACCAACCACAGGCGGCAUAGUCUGCGGUUCGCGUCUAAACCCUGAUACUGGAGCUCUCCCUGCACCCCCCGUUCCUGCCGCCGGAGCCCCGGGUCCGAUGAUGGCAGCAGUGAUUGAGGCCGCAGAGGAGGGCGGCGUGGAUCCCUUCAUCGCAUACGCCGGCAUCGAAGCUGGUAGCGAUGACGAAGACGGGAACGACGACAAUGCAGAUGAUGCUGACGGCGUCCAAGCGGGAAACGACGAUAAGUUGCGCGCAGCGGAGGUUCGGGCGGCGGAAGUGUGCGCGGCGGAGGUUCGGGCGGCGGAGCUUCGGGCGGCGGAGGUCCGGGCGGCGGAAAUUUGGGCGGCGGAGCUUCGAGCGGCGGAGCUUCGGGCGGCAGAGGUUCGCGCAGCGGAGGACCGCGCGGCUGCGGUUCGCGCGGCAUAUGUGCGCUCUGCGGAGGCUCGCCAGGAUGAGCUGGCGCCGCACACCUCGCAGCCUAAUAACCCGGCAGCACUCGCAAGGCGUGAACGGUCGCAAGUUGCUGGUGCACACCAUUUCAGGGAAGCACGACAGCUGGAGGCGCAGUUGCGUGACCUGCAGAACACGGUCUCCACUCUGAACACGCAUCUUCUGGAGGCUCGGGCCAGGAUCAAGGCGGUGGAGGCGGAACGCGAUAGUCUGAAAACGCAGUUGGAGUCGAUACAGCGACAGCUCUCAGAGGAAGUCGCUGGAACGAGCGCGGACAUGGGCGCCCUUCGGGACCCUUCCGACCCCCAGGAUAUGGUGGGUAAAACCUACGCCUGGCUCAUCACCCUUGCCCCUGCAGGAGAGAUGGAGUUCUAUCCACUGUGGGAAGAAUUCCAGCCACAUUUGGUGCGCAAGUACAUAGCCGAGGGGACCACGCAAGAUGAGUACUACCUCUUCAUGGGCGGGAACAGCAAGCGCAUUGAACGGGCGCUGAAGGUGAUUGGCUGCAAACGUGCGAACAUGAAGAAGCCGAUCAAGCUCUGGGCAUGGGGUGCUGGUGGCGUCAUUGACGAGGAGAAAUGGUUCCUCUUGAAGGUUGGUGGCAUCACACCAACAAAGGCGCGUGAUGAAAAAGGCUGGGUGGAGCAGUUCAAACACCCGAAGUACGGCUAUGACUGGCACUGCUCUGCUCAGGGCCGCCCUUUCGCUGCUGCGGCCUUUGAGCUGGCAGUCAAGAAGGCUUUUGUCAGCGCCCGGUGCAACAUGUUUGCAGUGAAGAUCCCAGCAGUCGGCUAUCUUUGCAACGUGGUUGAAUGGCCAUUGGAGAACCACAAGGGCAAGAAGGGUCAUGCAUCUCUUGACAACAACGAGACCAACAACCGCAACAACGUGCAUGCCAAGACAAGGGUGGUGGCGGCAUGGCUGAAGGAAACCCUUGAAAGGGAGCCUGCCACAUUCAAGAUCGAUGAGCCGAUGGGGUUCGAGAUGGGUGUUGGGAAAGUGAGGAUCCUGAUUGAGGGUUAUGAGCUGUUUUUCUUCCCCUCUGGUGUCGUUCCAACCCCCUGGCCUCCCGUUAACAAUCUGUGA